GUUUUUUUCUCUUUUCUAUACAAAAUGCUGUGCACAUGAAGACGAUCUGAAGCGUCCACGUGAUGAUAGAAAGGAAGACUGUUACCGUCAUGCCAAGUUGUAUAACCACUCAAUUGUACUUUGGACCGAGGGCUCCACAAAUAAAGCAAUCGUAGCCCGCCUGUUGGCUUUGUGCUUUCCUUCUACAGCAGAAGGACAUUCGUGUUUGUGUGUGCACGCUUGCAGGGGCAGUUUUCAGAAUCUGAGUUACUAGCAAGGAGGCGGGAGAAACCACAGGCGGAAAUCGCCGCCUUUAACACACAACUACGAAGCAAUAGCGGCACUCGGCUCCAGUCCUGCAACCAGAGAGCAGAACUAAUCCGCGGCCUUCUCUCGCCACGAACCGGAUUGCCCAGCUGGCGGAUGCAAAACAGCAAAGCGUAAAUUACGCACCCAGAAGCAGACCGUCCAUGUCAAAGAUCAGGUGCCACAAAGCAAUUACACCUUAACACAGAAGAAUGAUCAUCCUUUUCCAGCUGAUACUUUAUCUCUGGCCAACCAACGGUGCUAUAGAUGAGAGACCUUCAAAGCCCAACAUCAUCUUGUUCAUGGUUGAUGACCUUGGCAUUGGAGAUUUGGGAUGCUAUGGAAAUACAAGUCUAAGGACUCCCAAUAUUGACAGUUUAGCUAAUGGAGGCAUAAAACUAACUCAUCAUAUAGCAGCUUCCCCAUUAUGUACACCAAGUAGGGCAGCUUUCUUGACAGGCCGAUAUCCUAUCAGAUCAGGAAUGGCAAGUCUGAAUCGGCUUGGAGUCUUAUUAUUUUCAGCCUCUUCAGGGGGUCUGCCUGCUGAAGAAAUAACAUUUGCAAAGCUGCUUCAACGGGAAGGUUAUUCUACAGGUCUUAUAGGCAAAUGGCAUCUUGGUUUAAAUUGUAACAGCAGUCGUGAUUUCUGCCACCACCCCUUAAAUCAUGGAUUUGAUCAUUUCUAUGGAAUUCCUGUGAAUAAUAUUAGAGACUGCAAACCUGGGGGUGGAAGUGUUUUCACCAAAGGAAUUAAAAUGCAUAUUUCCUCAACCCUUCAGAUCACUGGAAUUUCUCUUAUAACUUUGGAAGUUAUGCAUUAUAUUGGCUUUUUCAAAAUUCCACAUAGAAUGGUAGGCUACUUCUUUUUGUUGGUUGUUACAUUGAUGGCAAUCAUAUUCCUCUUCUUUAACAACUUUCGGCAGCUGAAUUGCUUGCUGAUGAGAAAUUACACUAUUACCCAGCAACCAUGGAUUUAUGACAACCUAACUCAGAGAUUUACAGAAGAUGCCAAACAUUUUAUAAGAAGGAAUAUUGACAAACCAUUUCUCCUAUUCCUAUCAUACCCUCAAGUCCAUACAGCUCUUUAUGCAUCACUAGCUUUUAGAGAAAAGAGCAAGCAUGGCUUAUAUGGGGAUGCCGUGGAAGAAGUAGACUGGAGUAUAGGACAGAUUCUCCAAGUAUUAGAUCAAUGGAACUUAAGCAAGCAUACUCUUGUAUAUUUCACUUCAGAUCAUGGAGCACAUCUUGAAGAAAUAUCAGACAAUGGAGAAGUCCAUGGUGGUCAUAAUGGAAUAUUUAAGGGUGGAAAGUCUACAAAUUGGGAAGGAGGGAUUCGAGUGCCUGGCCUCCUCUACUGGCCUGGUGUUCUUGACCCCGGAAAACAUAUUUCUGACCCAACAAGUAAUAUGGAUAUAUUCCCUACCAUAAUUAAACUUGCUGGAGCAUCACUGCCCAAUGACCGAAUUAUUGAUGGACAUGAUCUAAUGCCCUUGCUUCAAGGCAAUGUUCUCCAAUCUGAGCAUGAAUUUCUCUUUCAUUACUGUAAUGCAUAUUUAAACGCAGUUCGGUGGCAUCCAAGAAACAGUAACGCUAUUUGGAAGAUAUUUUACUUCACUCCAAAUUUCAGUCCCAAAGAAUCUAAUGGAUGCUACGAUUAUCAUGUAUGCUUCUGCCAUGGGCCAUAUAUCACAUAUCAUGAUCCACCAUUACUUUUUGACCUCUUCAAGGACCCAGAAGAAAAUAAUCCACUGACACCAGAAACUGAGAGUCGUUUCCAUGAAAUUCUUCAAACUAUUCACCAUGCAGUGGACAACCACACCAAGUCAAUACUUGCUGUUCCCAACCAGUUUUCACUGGGACAUAUCCUGUGGAAGCCCUGGCUUCAACCUUGCUGUUCUUCCUUACUCCAAUGGUGUUACUGCAAUCAUGAAUCAUGAGGAAACAAAACUUUAUGUAGAGCCUGAUAUUAUCACUGAGAAUUGUAAAGAACUCAUGUUCUUUAGGAAUAAACAAGAACACAUUGCAAUUAUAUUUCCUUAAUAUUUGUAUUAAUUGUGCUUAAUAAUAAUGUAAGAGUUACUAGAACCAUGUUAAAGUGGACUCACUCAUUCUUGAAGUGCCAGCAAAAGAAGGUGAUUGUAUGAUUACAAUUUUGCUCAUGUUCACCGAGUAAUUUUUCUGAGUAAAAUGGACAUCUCUGAAACAAGGCCAAACCUCCAAAAAAACCAGACUGCAUCCUUUACCAACAAUGCAUAA